AUGAAAUAUGAAAAAAAAUAUUGGAAUGAUAAAGGGAAAAAGAGAAAUGAGAAACAAUUAAAUGAUGACAAUUAUAGAAAUAAUAAAAAAUAUCAAAAUGAUAGUGGUUAUAAUAAAGUGAAUAAUAAUAAUAAUAAAACGCAAGGAGAAAAAGGAAAUUAUAAUAAUACACCCUUUUUAGGAAAUAUUAAAAAUAAAAAAUAUAAUUAUGAAGCAAAUACAAUUGGUUUUGAUAAAAGGAAUAACAACCAUGAAUACAUUCCAUCGUUUAAUAAAAAAAGUGGAAUGCAUCAAAAAUCAAAAAAUUCGAAUUUAUAUUAUCAAGAUAAAUAUGGUAGAGAAAAUAAAGAGAAAUCUCCUAGAUAUAAUUAUAAUCGUAAUAAAUAUAAUAAGAAUUAUCAUGAUGGUGAUCAUAUAAAUAAUAAUAAUGAAAAUUACAAAAGUGAAUAUUACAAUAAUUAUAUGGAUGAUGGUAAUCAUUUUGAUUAUAUGGAUGAUAAUAAUAAUAAUUAUAAUUAUAUGGAUGAUGAUAAUAAUAAUUAUAAUUAUAUGGAUGAUAAUAGUAAUAAUUAUAAUGAAAAUAUUAAUUAUAAUAAUAAUAUGAAUGAUCAGGGAAAAAGCAUCCCUGAUAUUAGACAAGAAGAUAUCAAUAUAGAAUUAAAUAAGUUACAUAGAGAUCUUCACAAUUUAUUAUUUACAUCACCAAAAAAUAAUAAUAUAAAUAAUAUAAAUGAAAAUAACAAUUUAAAUUUAGGAGACCCUAUGUUCUUACAUAAUAUUAUGACAAAAAGUAGUCAAGACAAUUUUGAUGAAAUGGAACCUCUAACAAAUUUUAAUGAUUCUCAGAAUGAUUUCAACAAAAAUUUUGGGAAUUUUUUUAAUUCUUAUGAUAUGAAUGUUAAAUAUAAGGAAAAAAAUAUGAGAGGAGUAGAAAAUUACGAGAAGGAUAAAAAUGAAGUGAAUGAUUAUGGUAAACAUUAUAACUAUAAUAUAAAUAAUCAAAAUGAUCAAAAUGAUCACAAUGAUCACAAUGAUCACAAUUACGAAUACGAUAAUGAUAAUAAAAAUAGAUACCAUAAUUUAAAUAAUAAGGGAAAUUUUAUUAAAGGCAAUACUACUACUAAUAAUAGUGAUGUAUUAAGUCAAUUGUCAAUAUUAAGAAAUAUUCCUUUUAAUAAUACUAUUGAAGAGGAAGAAAAUGAUAAAACGAGCAAAAGUGAGAAAACAGCUAUGAUAUUAAAUGAUUUAAAAAAAUGUCUUAAUAAAAAUGAAUCGAAUAUAAAUGCAAAUACUGACAAUACGUUAAGUGGUAUAUCAAAUGAAGGUGAAGAAUAUAUAUAUGAAAAUCAUAUGAUGAAAAAUCACUAUGUAGAUAAAUCACAUAAAAAUCACAAUAAUAAUAAUGAUAAUAAUAAUUAUAAUAAUAAUAAUAGUAAUAAUAAUUUUCAUAUGUAUCAAGAAAAAAAUGACAAUAUCGUAAAAUACACAAGUGGUAUGUAUAAUUAUAUGAAAAAUGAUAAUAAAUCAAUAGAAGAAUCCUCCAUAUCUAAUGGAAGCAGUGUAGAAGAUACAAAUGAAUAUAAAACGAAAAAAGUAGAAGAAUGUACCUAUAAUGAUAUGUUAUUUCCAAAAUCUAAAAUUGAAGAAUCCUUAAGAGUAUUAAAUACAUUACAAGUAGAUAUAGAAAGAGUUUGUUGUUACAUAAAACAUUUUAUAGAACCACCUGAACCCUUAUUUGAAGUUAUGGUAAAUGUCUUUUUAGAUAAAAAAGUUAGCAUAAAUUCCAAAAUGGCUAUAUUUUAUGUAUAUAAUCAUUUAAUUCAAGAAUUAAGAAAUAAUUUAAAAAACGAUUUGAUAAAAUUUAAUUCGAUAGCAGAUAAAGGAUUACAUAUAUUUGUAAUUCCUGUAUUGAGACAUAUAUUAGAAGAACGAGGUUAUGAAGAAAUGAUAAAUAAAUUUUUUAGGUGUAUAGGUAUUUGGAAUGAUCGAAAUGUAUAUAGUAAAAUUGUAUGUGAUCAAUUAAAAUCUUUACAAAAAAAUCCAAAUAAAAAAAUGGACUUUUCUAUGAAACAUCCUAGAUAUCAAGCACAUAGUUUAUUAUCUAAUGAGUUAUCAAAAUUUUUACCAAUAAAUUUUAUAUUAAAAAUGCCGAGUACAAAUAAUGAACACAAAAAAGCUUUACAACAUAAAAUAUUAAGUGCCUUAUUUAAUAAUAUAUCAAAAGAAACCUUAAAAGAAUUUCAAACUGACGAUAUAGAAGAAGCAUCCAAACUUUCCGAUAAAGUUAUGAGAAUGUUUGGACAAGAAUUAGUAUUAAUUAAUUCACAAAUACUUGAAUUAUCUUCAUUGAUAACAGACAAUAAUAAUCACUUGGUAAAGAUACAAAAUGCCUUGGAAAAGUUAAAUGAAUAA